CCUGUCGCCACAUUAGCCCACCUACCACUGUUUGCCCACUUCCUCGUCCUCUCUGAACCGAAAAUCUAUAUAUACGUAUCUAUAUACCUACCUGUAAUUGAUCGAUGUAUUCCAUUUCAGGACGUGAAGAGAUGGAUCCCACCGGCCUCCGCCACUACCGCUCCUCCUCCUCCGGCGGCGAUCGCUUCCUCAGCCUCUUUUCCUUCUCUCCUCCCCCUGAUGGCGGCAGCGACGAGCUCAACGAGGCUGAGGUCUGCUUCUCCGAUAACUUCUUGGAUCCGGCGAACGUCAACCACCUCUCCUCCACCACCGCUAUAGCCAGCAAUCGUCGUCACCAGCUCUCGCGGCAGCUCCAGAGCUCCGGCCUCCUCGCGGCGUUGCCUGCCGCCACCGCGUCGAAGCAGAUCCCGCCGUCCCGGCCGGUCCACCGCGAGAGGGAGUUGGCAAAGACCGCGCCUUGCAGGAAAUUCCAGCAGUCGGCGCCGGUGAGCGUCCCGAUCCUGUCCUCGGCGGCCAUGGCGGGCCUGAGGAAGAGCCGGUUCCUCGAGGAGGAGGACGACGAGGAGGACGAAGAGAUGCUGCCGCCGCACGAGAUCGUGGCUCUGAGGUCGCACGGCUCGGCCAAGAGUACCUGCUCCGUGCUUGAAGGUGCCGGGAGGACUCUGAAGGGGAGAGAUCUGCGGCAGGUGAGGAACGCUGUCUGGCGGAGAACUGGAUUCCUCGAUUGACCAUUACCGGACCAUAGAAUUUUGCUCCCUACCCAUUUUAUAUAUAAAAAAAAAAGGAUUUUUGCUUACUUUUACAGUGAAAAAUGCUCCCAUUUUGUUUGGUUAUGGAGCUAUGUGCAAAUAUUAGUGUUGGAGGAGGGUUAGUGGAGUAAUUAUGAUUAGUAAAUACUAUGGAGCUGGCGAAUUUCUGUGCUGGUUCCAUGAGAUAUAUGGCAAGGAAGACUUGAUGGACUGCUCAAGUUUGUAUUCUAAACCACAUGCCUUUUUUGUCCUAGCUAAUCCCAGAACUAAUUCGGGUGUAUCGGUUGACGAUCAUCCCGAUUAUGAUAAUCUGCUGUCUGUUCUCCCAACAGUUUCAUUCCUUUAACUUUGCCAUGGAUUGGUUUGUACUUUGUGCAUCUGAGUGCGUUCGUGAUGUGACUGAACUUAUCUGAUGUUUUUCCUCAACUAUGAUGCUGCUUUUGAAGUUUUCAGAUGGUCAUUGACUCAAUGUUGGAGUGUCCUGCAAAUGGUCAAGUUGAAGUAUCAUGAGCCAUGACUCUAUCAAUUCUUGUUUGUUCCUCAUUGGCAUUUGGAGUUGGCUAUGGAUGGAAUUCUCAUGCCAGGAUUGAGCUAAUCAAUUUGUCUGCAGGCAGCUCCUCUAAAUUAUUGCAACUUUUUUUGAUAUCAUAACAUCCGUGGCAUCUUAGGACGGUAUAAUGAAUAUCUAUGGAGUUUCUUGAUCGAAUUUGGAUUGCGAAGGCAGGUCACUAUAAAGGCCACACUUCAUGGCAAACUUUCACUCACUUAAUCAACUUCAUCCCAACCAAAUUUUAAGUUCGGAGACGACACUGAAUCACGUCCAAGUGGAGUCAAGAGAAUAGCUGCAAGCCUGCAUCAUAUCGAGCUCGACUAUUGAUCCUCCGCCAGAUCUUCUAAAAGGGUAGCCGAAAUAUUUUUAUUUCAAGGGAAAACGAAAGACUUUGUCAUUGUGAUAAGAAAGUGAGGAUGGCAUAAGUCAGAAUAUCAAUAAUCCUCGAUGUUGCGAUCACAAUUUUUUCUCCUUUCACACAUCUAAUUGAUUCAUCAUUCUUCUCGCCA